AUGGCUACGUGCGCGGUUGGUCUAUCUGAUAUACACGGAUACAAUCACAGUUUGAUUCGAGCCCUUGCCGAAUCAUACCGGUGUCUUGAUACUACAGCUCGUCAGCUGUUCAUGCCAACUGCGCUCCGGCAAGAGCUCGAACCAUCACGUCUAGCCAUUUGUGGAUGUCAUACCAAUCUCUGUAAUUCCUCGCCAGCCCCUUCGGGCCAGCUGGCUCCGAUGUUGGGUUUGGCGUCCUCCGUCGUCCUCGUGCUCCUCCUUCGAUCUACCACUUUUUAA